UGGCAGUUUACUCAUCUCUGAAUUUUCUUCAUGGGCCAUUGUCCAAACCAUUAAGGAAUGGUUUAAAAAGUUACGCCACUCAAGCCGUCAGACCACAUCUGAUGUAUGUGUCACAAUACCACUCUCUUCACCAACAUUGCCUCCAUCACCACACUCUUUGACUGGUACUGAUAAAAGCACUUCAACAGAUGUAGAAACUGAAAGCCAUUCGACACAAAAUAUAGAUGUAUUGCUUGCAUCAUGGUCUUACUUUACUCAGCCACUGUAUAAGAAUGAAAGUCCUGGAAAAAAAUGGCUGCUGAUAUUUCUAUUUGGUAAAGAUCUUAAUGCAUUAAUAAAGUACAUGAAUAAAGAGUACGAGAGAGCAGAGAGUGAUCAAGAGUUUUCUUUUCGGUUUGAGAGUUCUAAUGGAUUCCUUGAGAUACACACUGACACAAAUAAGUGCAGUGAAGGUUGGUCAAUAAGUCCUCAUCUGGGAAACCCCACCAAUGAAGAGUCAAUAGAAACCCCUACCAAAGUAACUAAAGUUAGUCAGAGUACAAUUGAUGAAUAUGGACGAAUGAAUCCUCCACGUUUUCCUCAAUGCCGUUUCACAAUCACUGCUACUCCUGGUAGCAAUACUAAUCGUGAAUUAAGGCAUCCUGUAACAUUCAAGGGAAUUAUAUCUGAUAAUAAAGUCUUUUUGAUUGCACUAUCAAAGGGUGAUAAUUCGUCACAAGAUCCUGCAAAACCAGGCAGUUCAUCUGCAACUGACCCUAAAAUAAUUUUUCAAGAAAAAAUUGCUGAUCUUUACAAACUGAUGACACCUGAGAAUAUAGCAAGUAUUGCUUAUGAGGUCUACUCUAAAAGGCUCAUUACUGAUGAAACUUUACAAGACUGCAUGACCGAUGCAAGAAGACCAGCUGACAGGGCACAUUCUUUGCUUAAUGCUCUUCGUGUCUCUAUUGAUCAACCUGGUGUGCUGAAAAAGUUGAUUCAAGUCUUGAAAAAUAAUGAAGCAUUCAGAUCUAUAGCAGAAGAGAUGGAACAUGACAUUUGACAUUGUUUAAAGUAAAUAAGACUAUUUUACUUGGACUUUUAGUUUUGUUUCUUUUAAUUUACUUUACUUUUAGCCAGGGAUUUUGCUUUUACCCAAUUUGUUUCUUAAUUUCA